GACAGGACUGGGGAGCAAUUCUAAUAGCAGGAAACGAUAUAAAUAAGGCAUGUGCCGCAGGCUUCAAGAACGAUAUCGAGGAGAUAAAGACUGUUAUUACAUCUAAGUGGCCACUUGUUAUGGGGAUAAGUGAGAGUAAGGUGAAAUCUGUUUGCCCAAAAGAACCAGGAACGGACGAAUGCUUGAGAACUGAAUUGAAGUCUGCCAUAACAUCACUCAACAAGAAGGAAGAAAUUCAGACAAUACUGAUAUACUUCUCAGGUCAUUACUAUCAGGAAAAGGGGGAAUUAGAAAGGGUUUUUAAAUUAGGUGGAGAGAACGAAUUUCUCCCAUUAUAUGAUUUACAGUCAAUGCUGUCACCAUUUGUAAAAGGCCCAAACGUUUUGAAACGUACAACAACCAGUUCACGACGAUUUAUAGUAUUUUUUGACUGCUGCAAUGCUCCGUCAUUUGUAACAAGUUCAUCGGAGACAAAAGUAGAGACAGAGGGUGAACUAACACGAACAUCGAAUUUUCCUUUUGAAUCGGGAGAUACUCAAGCUCAGGAAAGGCCGAGGAAGACCGACUCUGCAAAUGUUCCUUCAAUUCUUUCUUUCGGGAAUAAUGAUGACUAUAGUAUUGUACAAAUAAAUGCGUGCAGACCCUGCCAAGGUACGAAUUUGAAGUCUGAUGAUGGAAGCAUUUUUAAAACAUACCUAGUUCAAGCUUUAACUAGGAAGGCCUUGAAGAAAAAAUGUCAUAUUGAGACUGCCAUUUCAAAGUCUGAAAUAAAUGCCAAUGUCAGAAAGUGCACAGAUUGUCGUCUUAACGGUGACUUUGUGACAAUGGGAAAUCUAGCUGAAUACCUUAAAAUUCACCUUGACAAAUACGCACCAUGCGAUUCGAGUUCUCCAGUCAUGUAUGCACACAAUGUAGGUCCAAAUGAUGCCAAAAUUGGAUAUGUUGUAAACUUCAGCGCUGAUAUGUCAUUCACUUACAAUAACACCACAGAGCAAGGACACAUUCCAACGGAAAUGUUCAAUGAUUUGAUGCCCUUAAAAACUGUUCUCUUCGAUGGAUAUUUUGAUAAAAUGAAGAUUACAGAACCCAGACCUAGUUCCAGGGACUUUUUAGAUAUAUUGUGCAUAGAAAUUGCGACAGGACCUAAAAGGCGUCACAGAGACGAGUUAGAUACCUUAGAAAAGAUAACUGGAGCCUGGUAUUCAAAGCGAGAGUUAGUUGUGUCACUCAGAGAAGUUUCUGAAAUUCGUCGUGGGAGGGUUGGCAUGUUUCUGCCAAAAGGAUUUUCUUUGUUUGACUUCUUGAAAAACCAAGCAUUUACAAAGAAACGAGAAGAGUCAAGACCUCUAUCAUACAGCGUCAAGGCGGAAAAAUUGCCUGAACUUCUUGAUAGUAUACGAGAAUUGGAAGAUAUGGAAUUAAAAAGCAAUUUGUCAAAUGUUGUUUCUGCUUUUCAAGAGGAAAUGGAGGUGCUUGGUAUCAAAGACGCUGAACUGCGUAUUACUUUUCCAGUAAAAGAAGAUGGCAAGUCAUUGCUCAGAAAUGACUUUGUAUGCUUUGAAUUUUGGAAUAAUGAACCUGUUGCCACAAUUUAGAUAGCUGGAUGAAAAGCUACAAACUAUGGCUCCGAUCUUUUAAUGAUAGCUUGGCAUUGAUAUAUUGUGAUUUGAAUUCUCCAGAACUGUCAAUUAACGUUCCACCAUCUUUGCCAUUUAGUGUUGUCUGGUGGUAGAAGUAUAAACUUGUACAUAUGUUGAUCCUGAUCCUUAGCUUAUUAUUGAUAAUUCGUUGAGUAGAACUUUGUAUCAAACCCACUUAUUGCAGUUAAGUUGAUUUAUCUGUCAAAGUUUGAGAUUUAACUUUUAUAAAACUGAAGACUUCCUAUGGGUAAAGGGAUCCUAUUUCUCUUUCCUAGUUAUUUCUGAUUUCAAAUAAAAGCCAAAAUAAUAUGUGUAUAAAAUGUGAUUUGAUUCCAUACCGGUAUAUAUGAAAUGGAACGACUACCACAUGUAUAUAUAGUACAUAUAGCUGGAUUGCUUAGAUGGUGUGAAAUCGUUUAAUUUCAUCGUUGUGUGAUUUAAUUUUGAAUUACAAUGUAUAUUCCCAUAUACAGGUCAUGUUUUAGCUCACCUGGUCAUGAAAUAAUAUGUGCAUUGGACCUAUUCUGAUCAUCGAACGCCUAUCUUUUGCCCAUCUACCAUUUUCUACAUAGUUUAACAUCAUCUCAUCAAAUCAGUGUAUGGCAGUUAAUCUUUAGCCUGUUGGCGGCAAGUGAUUCUGCUUUUGAGAGAAGUGCAGACCAUUAUUAGUCCGUGCAGGCUGAUCAUGGUGUGCACUGUUCGCUAUACAGUCAGUAAAUUUUCAGUGAACACCACUUCGAAUAAUAAAUGUUACUGCCCAGGUCGAAUGAAGGACCGGUCAAUUUUAGAAACUUAGCAGGCUAUUAAGGACAUUUUGUCAAGUUGUCACUUCAAAUGUCCGCUUUCAAAAUUAAUCACUUCACCAUUGACCCAAUUUUGGAAUGAUUUUGCAGAAAUAUUAUUUUAGUUACCUAUCAAAUUUAUUUGAAUUAUUCUGAUUUAUGGACCAUAGGGCGUGUGGCUACUUUCCCUUAUUUGUAUAUAGUUGACACUGAUGGCAUAAUUCUGAAAUAAUUUCAGAAAACCAUUCUUCGAAUUAUCCUUCGUCUACAGUAUUUCAUGACGAUUAUUGAUGUUAAGGAUAACAUGGUGUGAUAGGCCUCAAUUUCACCAAAAGCGUAAAUACAAUUUGAUAAUGUAAGCUUUAAGUAUUUCAAACGAUAGCAAUAAGGUGCAUAUUGACAAGUUAUAUAGUGCCAGAAGUUCUAAAAAAUUUCCUUUAGAUUACCUCCCCUGAUAAUUUUGGUUUUCAUGAGUUAUCUCCCCUGAAAACUAGAAAAAUGACUUUCACCUUUACCCUAAGGAGAAUUUUAGAUUUCUUUUUUGAUAUUUGUAUCAGAAUCAUAUAAUGCAGCUUUCUACCGAAAAUUUCCUGGAAACUCAAGUUCAGAUUCUCAUAAUCAAAGAAAUUAUAUAUUUCCCAUAGGCAUCAAUGUUAACUUCAAUACCGAUUAUCUCCCCCACGCCCCCCACACCCAAAAAAAUAAAAAGAUGAUAAAAUUUGAAAAAUCUCUCAGUGAAAAGUUUGUUUUUUAAUUUCGAAUGUCUUUAAAAUGACCAAAUUUUAUUUAGAUAUUACCAUCCAGUUACAAGAUAUGAAAUAUGGCUAUUACACCAUGCUAUCCUUAAUGUUAGAGAUUUUAAAAUCGUGGCAAAAGAGAUAGCGACGUGAAAUUGAAUUGAAUGCUGUUUUAUAUUAAUUGGAUUAUUCUGCACAUUUACAUUGUAACAGUUGUAUGUUAUAGUUCUUAUUUUGAAAGCUUCCUUUGACAGAAUAUAAGUUUGAACAACUUCUAAAUGUGAUCGAUGAUCUUUAUUUUUUGUAAAUAUAAAAUGAAGCCGCUUUACUCAUGGAAUUACUAAGGUAGGAGAUUCAAUACGUGUAUCUUACUAUCCUUCUAAAGGUACUUGCAAGUCAGUGCAUGAAGAAAACCUUGAAGGUUGUAAAUCACAUUUAUGACAUUUUGCAGUUCUGAUAUAUUUUGUUAGAGAUUUAUUUAAGGGACAAAAAGACCCAUUACAUAGAGACAGAUGUCUGUUAGAAAUGUGUUUUUAUUACUUGUUAUGAAAUUUUGUAAACACUUCCCUUAAAUAUGUACUAUUUCUUUUGAUUUCAAUAUAAUUUCAAGUUUUACAUUUCCAUUUUAUAAAUAUUUGAAUAUUUCAACAACCUGAAACAAAAAGCAAAUGUAGCUUCGGAAUUUAUCUGUUUUCGAUCUAUCGUGGUUGCGCAACCGAGAUAGACAAAGGGAGGUAAUAAUAAUUCAAUAAACUUGCAUUUUUACUUAAUUUUCGCAAAAUAUGUACUUGUCAAUGCACAUCUUUGACAGCUUUAAUACAGUAGUGCUUAUUUGUAUUAUCCUUUGGCAAAUAUAUUUAUUUAGUUUAUACUUAUGCCAAACAAGAAAUGUCUUUAAAAAAGACAGACGGUAAUAGUAGAGAUAAUAAUGAUGGUGCAUGAAAAAUUCACACAAAUCGCUACUGAAUUCAAAAUAGUAUGUUUCGUCAAAAUAUGACCGCCAGAGGGAGAGCAAACUUUUUUUUCCCUUAUAUGUUUAUGUAGGAAACUAAAGCAUCUUCUUGUCCGAUUUUGAAAUGAUCCUUGCGUAACCCUAUUCCUAAGUCUGUUCAAAGUAUUAAAUUCUGAUUCGGCAAAAACACGGACAUAAGAGGGCUUGGUCACUUUUCCCCAAGUCUGUAUAUUGAAAUAUUUUCUUUCUGAUAUCCUUCAUAAACGUUUAUACGAAUUUAAAAUAAUUUAACAGAAUGUAUCAUGGAUGACCCUCUUAUAGCCAGCUUGAUUUGUCAUAAACAUGGCUGGAGGGUCUAGUUUUCAGUUAAUGGCUCUAUAAACCUUUGAAAUCAUCUAUUUUGAACUUCCAAUCCGGUACUUUGGCAGAAAUGCUUUUUUUUAUACCUGUCUGAGCUGUGCAACGCUGGUGAGUGAUAUUGGGUCAUCAUGGUCCCCUUGUUUUACUUUGUUAUUAAUUGACGGCUUUAAAUUUGAUUAUUGACAUUUCUUUGUGAGUCAUGUCAAGAAACUAUUUUCUGAAGUGUAUCUUUUCAAACUUUAAGUUUUCAUUUGAAUGAAGAUUGUUAUAUACUGGAGGCAAUUGUUGCCAAAAAGUUAUAUAAUUUUACUAAAUGUAUUUGAUUAUUUACGUCUUACAAGAUCCAAUCCAUUUGUAUUUUAGUCGUACUGUCACUUCAUGACUUCGCCAGUUGCAUCAUAUUCGGACAGUUUGAAGUCAAUGCAAAGUUUAUAUGUUUGCUAGGCACUGUAUUAAACUUUUCACAAUUUGAUUGGUCUUUGCCAACCUUCUAAUGCCUCCAACGGGGUGACGUAUAGUUGUUGGACCGUCCGUCGGAGCAAACAUUCAGGCUAUGUAACGGUACGUAGGCUAACACAAGAAAAUAAAUUGAAAACCCAGUUAACCUGAAAUGAUGGAAUGUUCAAUUGAAAACUGAAGAACGUUAAGGCCUACAGGCGUCAAACUUUACAGGAUGAUUGCCUGUAGUAAUUGAAAGACCGUUAUUGUUUUAGUGUCAAAGGUCAAAGGUCAAGGUUUCAAUGACCUUGAGACCGAAUACAAUUUCCGAUCGAUAACUGAAAAACACCUUGGCAUACCAAGGCGUCAGACUUCAUAGGAUAAUUGUCCGUGGCCAGUAGAUGAUCCUUUUUAGAUCAGUAACUGUUGGUCAAAGGUCAUAGUCGCAGUGACUGAAAAGGGUUUCCUAUCAAUAACUGGAUAACGCUUUGGCCUAAAGGUGUCGAACGUCAUAGGUUGAUUGUGUGUGAUCGGUAGAUGACUCCUUGUUUUAAGGGUCAGUAGGUCAAAGCAAAAGUUAAGGUAGCAACGACCUUGAGACUGAAAAUUUUCCGAUCUAUAACUGAAGAACGCUUUGAUUUUUCUUAGUCAAAUUGCUUGUGGUCAUAGAUGACCCCUGAUGCUCUUCGCGUCAGUAGGUCAAACGUAAAGGUCGCAGUAACCUCGAGACUGAAAAUUGUUCCAUAUUGAUAAGUAAAGAACGCAUUUGUCUGCCGGCGUAAAAUGUCAUAGGAUGACUGACUGUGGUCAAUAAAUAAUUCCUAUUGUUUUAGUGGCCAGUAGGUGUAAGAAAAGUUCGCAGUGUACUUUAGACUGGAAAGGGUUUCCGAUCGAUAACACUUUAACCUUCAGAUAACAAACUUCAUAGGAUGACAGCCUGUGGUCAGUAAAUGGUCCGCGUUGCUUUUGGAGUAAGUUAGUCAAAACUUGAAUGCAAACUUUUUAUAUGUUACUUUUACCCAUUAUUAGACAAUAUGCCUUGAUUAACUUUAAUUCACACUUUUUGUGCCAGAUUUAUUUAUGUUUAUUAUGUAUACAUUUUGAUGACUAUUUUUCAAAACUUAGCAUAAUGAUUACUUUGCUUAAGGCAGAGUAACUUGUAUGAAAAUAAUUGAAUGCUCAUUUUUAAUUAUUCAUUAAAAAUCGUCUUAAUACGG